AUGGCGACGGGGGUGGGGGUGGUCGGUGUUGGGCAAGAGCGGGAGGAGAAGGAGGAGGAGAAGGAGGAGGAGCUGCUGCGUCGGGGGUUGUGGUUGAUGUCCGAGUCGGUGCAAGACGUGCAGGCACAAGCUGCAGCGCUGAGGCAGGCCGUGGGCGCCCUUGACAGUCUACCGUCCACCAAGCUGGAUGCGACCUUGCUGCGCCACCUUUUCGAAAUGACCCAGGACGUGAAGGUCACGCGCAAAAAGCACACAAAGGCUCGCAAUUCGCUACGAUCGGUGGCACGGGACGAGUGGAACACGUGUGCUCGGCUCAAACAGCAGAUAAGCGAGCUGGAGCGAGAGUUGAAUGAGCUGCAGCCGCUCCAAGCAUUUGCCCAGCUUCAGCCCCUGGAGGCCGAGCACGCACGCCUGGCACAACAAAUCAAAGAUCUGGCUACAGGACUAUUCUCUGAAAUCAACGUUAUAUCCCAUUGCCACGACGACACUUUGAUGACUCACGUCUCCCUCUCUCUCUGCUUGAACCACUCGCCCCCCGGCCUUUCUCUGACACGACACUGUCAACGACUUCACUUUUUUUUUUCUCUCGACGCCGACGCCGACGCCGACGCCGACGCCGAACCCUUCAAGAUGACGGUGGCUUCCCAGGUGACCGAGGAGGUGGCAGCCGUGCCCACCAAGCACCCCCGCAUGCCCACGGACACUCCGCCUUUUACCCUUGGCCAACUCAAGGCAGCCAUCCCGCCCCACUGCUUUGAGCGCAACCUCUUCACUUCGAUGCGCUAUGUGUUCCAAGACCUUGCUGGUGUUGCCACUCUCUACUACCUCUCCACCUUUAUUGAUCAACUGCCCUCGUUCGCCGGCCUUUUCCUCUGGCCUCUCUAUUGGUACCUCCAGGGUGCCGUCAUGACUGGUUUGUGGGUUCUGGCCCAUGAGUGUGGCCACCGCGCGUUUUGCGACAACGAGACCAUUGGCGAUGCCGUGGGCAUGAUCCUCCACUCUGCUCUCUUGGUGCCCUACCACCCCUGGCGUAUCUCCCACCGCAAGCACCACUCGCGCACCAACCACAUGACCGAGGAUGAGGUCUUCAUCCCUGACACCCGUGGUCACGAGCACAUUGUCCCCUACGAUGAGAUGGUCGGCCCCGUCUCGGUCGCCCUGCGCGUCUUCUUCUGCGCUCGUAUGCUUCUCUUUGGCUGGCCCGCCUACCUCUUGACCCAUGUUACUGGUCGUCAAUACGGUCGCCGCACCAACCAUUUUGAGCCCGAGUCUCCUCUCUUCGACAAGAAGGAGCGCGGUGGCGUGGUCCUCAGUGACCUGGUCCUCUUCUCCUGGAUCGGCUGCCUUCUCUACGCUGGUCAGACCGCUGGCUGGGGCUGGCUCUUCAAGUCUUACUUUGUUCCUUACAUCAUCGUCAACUUUUGGCUCGUCCUCAUCACCCACCUCCAACACACGGACGUCCGCCUUCCCCACUAUCGCUCCCAAGAGUGGACCUGGCUCAAGGGUGCCCUCUGCACCAUGGACCGCGACUAUGGUCACCUCAACAUCCUUCACCAUCACAUCUCCGAUACCCACGUCGUCCAUCACCUCUUCAGCUACCUCCCCCACUAUCAUGCCGAAGAGGCUUUGGCCGCCAUCAAGCCCAUUCUGGGCGAGUAUUACCUCAAGGACUCCGUUUCCCCCGGUCUGCAGGGCGUUAUGGAGGCCCUCUGGAACAGCAUGACCUACUGCCGCGUCGUCGAGAACACCGGUGAGGUCCUUUGGUUCAAGGACAGGUAAAACGGCUUGCCCUCUUUGUCUUCUUGUGCCCCAAACCCGAUUUGCGGUUGGAUGAGCAUGAGAGAAUCGGUGGCAGUACCGGUUGCCGGAGAAUGAGCGCCUCUGUACAUGACCACACCCACCCAUGUUCUUUUCCUACUCUGACUUGCGUUGCCGGUGAUAGCUGCAGCGCUCUCUGUUUUCGUUUUUUUUUUUUUUUCUUGUCUUCGAUUUAUGGCCUUUCUUGCGCUCCUACCACGCCCCCUCCAAUCAGUCAUCCCCGUUUCUUUCCCUGUGUCGUGUCGUGUGCAUGCGAGGCGCGU